AUGGCUACCAAGACCUUCAACGUCGGCGUCAUUGGAUAUGGCAUGUCCGCCAAGGUCUUCCACAUCCCCUUUAUCACCACGACACCGCAGUUCAAGCUACACGCCAUCGUCCAGCGCAGCCCCAAGGACGGCAACUCGGCGCCGGCCGACCACCCAGCGGCGAAGCACUACACCGAUGCGCAGCAACUCCUCGCCGACGCCGCCGUCGACGUCAUCGUCGUCACCACGCCGCCCGACUCGCACUUUGCGCUGACAAAGGCCGCGCUCGAGGCCGGCAAGCACGUCCUGACGGAGAAGCCGUUUGUGCCGACGUCGGCCGAGGCCGACGAGCUGAUUCGCCUCGCGCGCGCGCACGACCGCCUCAUCUGCGUGUACCAGAACCGCCGCUGGGACUCCGACUUCCUCGCGGUGCGGCACCUGCUGGCGCAGGGCACCCUCGGCCGCGUCCUCGAGUUCAACACGCACUUUGACCGCUACAAGGCCGCCGCCGCCACCAACUGGAAGGGCGCGCUGGGCAUCCCGCAGGGCGGCAGCGCGCUGUUUGACCUCGGUACGCACCUCGUGGACCAGGCCUACGCGCUCUUUGGCCUGCCGCAGUCGGUCCACGGCCGCCUGCAGUCCCAGCGCGCCGGCCAGCCCGACUUCUUCAACCCCGACGCCGUCGUCGCCGAGCUCACCUACCCGGACGGCAAGCUCGUCCACGUCCGCAUCAGCGCGCUGAGCGCCGAAAUCGACCAGCUGCGCUUCUGGGUCCGCGGUGACAAGGGCAGCUUCCGCAAGCUCGGCCUCGACCCGCAGGAGGACCAGCUGAAGGCCGGUGGCAAGCCCUCCGAUAAGGGUUUCGGUAAGGAUAAGCCGGAGAGCAUGCGCCUGACGGUGGUGGACGCGGACGGCAAGGCCUCGGUCGCCCCGGUCCCCGACCUGAAGCCUGAGACGUACACGACCUUUUACCACGCCUUUGGCAAGGCGGUCGAGUCUGGCAAGGAGGCAGACGUGCCUGUCAAGGCCACCGAGGCCCGCGACGUCCUCCGCAUCCUUGAGGGUAUCCUCGAGAGCGCCAAGUCGGGCAAGGAUGUCACCUUUUAA